CGGGCCACCCUCUUCCUGCCGCCAGAACCUGGGCCCUAUCCAGGGAUUGUGGACUUGUUUGGAGUUGGAGGAGGCCUCCUGGAGUAUCGAGCAAGUCUGCUGGCUGGGAAGGGUUUUGCUGUGAUGGCGCUGGCUUAUUACAACUAUGACGACCUCCCCAAGGGCAUGGAUACCAUGCAUGUUGAGUACUUUGAAGAAGCUCUGAACUUCCUGCGCAAUCACCCUGAGGUAAAGGGUCCAGGAAUUGGGCUCCUUGGGAAUUCCAAAGGAGGCGAACUCAGCCUUGCUGUCACCUCUUUCCUGAAGGGUGUCACGGCUGCUGUCAUAAUCAAUGGCUCUGUGGCUGCUGUUGGGGGAACCAUACACUACAAGGAUGAGUCUGUGCCCCCUGUGAGUUUGCUCAGGAAUCGAGUCAAGUUCACAAAAGAUGGCAUCAUGGAUGUGAUAGAAGGCCUGCAAAGCCCUUUGGUAGAAGAGAAGAGCUUCAUUCCUGUGGAAAGGUCUGACACUGCCUUCCUGUUCCUUGUGGGUCAGGAUGACCACAACUGGAAGAGUGAGUUCUAUGCAAUUGAGGCCUCUAAGCGCCUGGAGGCCCAUGGGAAGGCAAAGCCCCAGAUCAUUCUUUACCCUGAGGCAGGGCACUAUAUUGAGCCCCCUUACUUCCCUUUGUGCAGGGCAGCCAUGCACCUCUUGGUUGGGGCUAAUAUCUUGUUUGGAGGAGAAGCCAAGGCUCAUGCAGUGGCCCAAGUGGAUGCGUGGAAGCAACUCCAGACUUUCUUCCACAAACACUUGGGCUGAAGUUAGGAGGCACUCUAAUGAACACAGGGAAAAAGAUAAAAAUAUAUUCUAAGAACAUCAGUUAAAAUUACUCCAGUUGAAAUUUUAUUAUUGUUUUGUUUUGGUAUUUUUGUGCUGGUUCUGAGGCUUGAACUCAGCCUGG